CCGCCCGCUCGCCCCGCCCCGCCCCGCCCGGCCCGCAAAGCUCUGCGCGGCGUCGGUGGCGGCUCUUCCGCCUGGCCGGCCUCGGCCCUGUGCGAGCGGUCGCACGAUGUGGCUGGGCCCGGAGGAGGUGCUGGUGGCCAACGCGCUGUGGGUGACGGAGCGGGCCAACCCCUUCUUUGUGCUGCAGCGGCGCCGGGGCCACGGCAAGGGCGGCGGGCUCACGGGUCUUCUCGUGGGCACCUUGGACGUGGUGCUGGACUCUAGCGCCCGGGUGGCCCCUUACCGUAUCCUGCACCAGACCCAGGACUCUCAGGUCUACUGGACAGUGGCAUGCGGUUCUUCCCGCAAAGAAAUCACAAAACACUGGGAAUGGCUGGAAAACAACUUACUUCAGACUCUGUCCAUCUUUGACAAUGAGGAGGAUAUUACCACGUUCGUCAAGGGCAAGAUACAUGGCAUCAUCGCAGAAGAGAACAAGAACCUGCAGCCCCAGGGAGACGAGGACCCUGGGAAGUUCAAGGAGGCCGAGCUGAAGAUGCGGAAGCAGUUUGGGAUGCCCGAGGGGGAGAAGCUGGUCAACUACUACUCCUGCAGCUACUGGAAGGGCCAUGUGCCCCGGCAGGGCUGGCUCUACCUGACUGUCAACCACCUGUGCUUCUACUCCUUCCUGCUGGGCAAGGAGGUGAGCCUGGUGGUGCGGUGGGUGGACGUCACACGGCUGGAGAAGAACGCCACACUGCUGUUCCCUGAGAGCAUCCGGGUGGACACCCGGGACCAGGAGCUCUUCUUCUCCAUGUUCCUCAACAUCACUGAGACCUUCAAGCUCAUGGAGCAGCUGGCUAACCUGGCCAUGCGGCAGCUGCUGGACAGCGAGGGCUUCCUGGAGGACAAGGCGCUGCCCAGGCCCCCCCAGCCGCACAAGAAAAUUUCGGCUCUGAAACGAGACCUGGAUGCUCGAGCCAAGAACGAGUGCUACCAGGCCACAUUCCGGCUGCCCAGGGACGAGCGCCUGGACGGCCACACGGGCUGCACCCUAUGGACCCCAUUCAACAAGGUGCACAUCCCCGGCCAGAUGUUUAUCUCCAGCAACUACAUCUGCUUCGCCAGCAAGGAGGAGGAUGCUUGCCACCUUAUCAUACCCCUGCGGGAGGUGACCAUUGUCGAAAAAGCUGACAGCUCUGGUGUCCUGCCCAGCCCUCUGUCCAUUAGCACCAAGAGCAAAAUGACCUUCCUGUUCGCCAACCUGAAAGACCGAGAUUUCUUGGUUCAGAGGAUCUCCGACUUCCUCCAGAAAAUGCCGUCCAAGCAGCCGGGCAGCAGCAGAGCAGCAAGGAAAACCAGCAUUGCAGACCCAGCCCCAGAGUCUUCCCCAGCAACUCAGCCCAGCAGCCCCACCUCACCCCUCGGUGGCCACCAGGGCGCCUGUGCACAGGAGGCGCCCACCGCUUCCCAGGGUCUGCUCAAGCUCUUCCAGAGAAGCACGCCCAUGGAGGACCUGGGAGCCAAGGGGGCCAAGGAGAAGAUGAAGGAGGAGUCGUGGAACAUCCACUUCUUUGAGUUCGGGCGCGGCAUGUGCAUGUACCGCACGGCCAGAACGCGGGAGCUGGUGCUGAAGGGCAUCCCCGAGAGCCUGCGGGGGGAGCUGUGGCUCCUCUUCUCUGGGGCCUGGAAUGAGAUGGUGACUCAUCCUGGCUACUACGCUGAGCUGGUGGAGAAGUCCACUGGGAAGUACAGCCUGGCCACAGAGGAGAUCGAGCGAGACCUCCACCGCUCCAUGCCUGAGCACCCCGCCUUCCAGAACGAGCUGGGGAUCGCUGCACUCCGCCGGGUGCUGACCGCCUACGCUUUCCGAAACCCCACCAUCGGCUACUGCCAGGCCAUGAACAUCGUCACCUCAGUGCUCCUGCUCUAUGGCAGCGAGGAGGAGGCCUUCUGGCUGCUGGUGGCUCUCUGUGAGCGCAUGCUGCCCGACUACUACAACACCAGGGUGGUGGGAGCCCUGGUGGACCAAGGCAUCUUCGAAGAGCUCACGAGAGACUUCCUGCCGCAGCUCUCUGAGAAGAUGCAGGACCUGGGCGUGAUUUCCAGCAUCUCACUCUCCUGGUUCCUGACCCUCUUCCUCAGCGUCAUGCCCUUUGAGAGCGCUGUGGUCAUUGUUGACUGCUUCUUCUAUGAGGGCAUCAAGGUGAUCCUGCAGGUGGCCUUGGCCAUUCUGGAUGCCAACAUGGAGCAGCUGCUGGGCUGCAGCGACGAGGGCGAGGCCAUGACCGUCCUGGGCAGAUACCUGGAUAAUGUGGUCAAUAAGCAGAGCGUCUCUCCUCCCAUCCCCCACCUCCAUGCCCUGCUGACCAGCGGGGACAAGCCUCCUGAAGAGGUGGACAUCUUCGACCUCCUGAAGGUGUCGUAUGAGAAAUUCAGCAGCCUGAGGGCCGAGGACAUUGAACAGAUGCGGUUUAAACAGCGGCUGAAAGUCAUCCAGUCCUUGGAGGAUACGGCCAAGAGGAGUGUGGUCCGAGCUAUACCUGGGGACAUCGGUUUCUCAAUUGAAGAGCUGGAGGACCUUUACAUGGUGUUUAAGGCCAAGCACCUGGCGAGUCAGUACUGGGGGAGCAGCCGCCCUGCAGCUGUGCGUCGGGACCCCAGCCUGCCCUACCUGGAGCAGUACCGCAUCGACGUGAACCAGUUCCAGGAACUCUUUGCCAGUCUGACGCCCUGGGCUUGUGGCUCCCACACACCCGUGCUGGCGGGACGCAUGUUUCGGCUCCUGGAUGAAAAUAAGGACUCGCUGAUCAACUUCAAGGAGUUCGUGACAGGGAUGAGUGGGAUGUACCACGGAGACCUGACAGAGAAACUCAAGGUGCUCUACAAGCUGCACUUGCCUCCAGCCCUGAGCCCAGAGGAGGCCGAGUCAGCCCUGGAAGCGACCCAUUAUUUCACCGAGGACAGCUCCUCAGAAGCAUCUCCUCUGACCUCCGAUCUGGAUCUUUUCCUGCCCUGGGAGGCUCAAGAAGCACUACAGCAGGAUGAGCGAGAGGGAGCUAGAAAUGAGGACGUCCAAGAAAAAAGAGAGGAGAAGGGGACCAGCCCUCCCGACUAUCGACACUACCUUCGAAUGUGGGCCAAGGAGAAAGAGGUCCAGAAGGAGACGAUUAAGGAUCUUCCCAAGAUGAACCAGGAGCAGUUCAUUGAGCUGUGCAAGACACUUUACAACAUGUUCAGUGAAGACCCCAUGGAGCAGGACUUGUACCACGCCAUCGCCACGGUGGCCAGCCUGCUGCUCCGCAUCGGGGAGGUGGGGAAGAGGUUUUCCGCACGGCCAGGCAGGAAGCCCAGGGACAUCGCCCCUGAGGAGGACGAGCUGCCAGCCCCAGACCUCCCUCAGAACCCGGCCCGGGAGCUUCAGCCGCCUGCUGCAGGGGACCCCCAGGCCAAAGCGGGUGGAGACACCCACCCUGGGAAAGCCCCGCAGGAGAGCCAGGUGGUGGGCGAAGGGGGCGGCGGUGAGGGCCAGGGCUCCCCCUCCCAGCCUCUGUCGGACGAUGAAACCAAAGAUGACCUGUCCAUGUCCUCCUACUCGGUGGUCAGCACGGGCUCCCUGCAGUGUGAGGACCUGGCUGACGACACAGUGCUGGUGGGCGGGGAGGCCCGCAGCCCCGUGACCACCCCCCACUGUGGGGGCACCGUGGACACAGACUGGAGCAUCUCCUUCGAGCAGAUCCUGGCCUCCAUCCUGACGGAGUCUGUGCUGGUGAACUUCCUUGAGAAGAAGGUAGACAUUGGACUCAAGAUCAAGGACCAAAAGAAAGUGGAGAGACAGUUUAGCACCUCCAGUGACCAUGAGCAGUCUGCAGCUUUGGGCUGAGGGCUCCAGGGCCUGGGGGCGGGCCUCUCCGCCUCCCUUUCCAUUUGCUCCUUAAGGACACAUCCCUCCAGCUCUCCCCAGAAGCCGUGAGUUGUAAAUGGAAAAAAGGCUGAACAACCGCACUCGGGGCCCGGGCAGAGACUCCCCAGCCCCUCGUCCUGCCUUGGGCCUGCUGGACCCUGUGUAGUGUCAGGGGCUGUCUGAUCUGCCCUCACUUGCCCUGCGCUGUGGCCAGGCCACACCCUGUCCUCCACCUCUUUUCCUGCAGCUGUGUGCUCUGGAGGCCCUCCUGCCACUUGGCACCAGGUGGGUGGGGAGGUGGGUGAACACAUGUCCAUUGGGCACCAAAGUGGUGGGCACUUGGAGAUGCCCUCCCGGAGCCCCUGAGCCGGAGCUCCUGGCUGGGGGACACAGGCAGAAAGCAUCUGCUGCACCAGGGUGGGUGCCUCCUGCGCAGGCGUUAGUCUAAAUUCUCUUUCAGCUCAUCAUCCUCACCGUUAACCUUAAAAGCAUAUCCCUCAGGUCCUGAUGUAUUUCCUUGUAUUCAUUUGAGUCACUAAAAAUCACACUGUGCUUAAGGCCUUAAUAAAUCCCUGAAAGAUCUAAAAACCACAUCGUGUAGAGAGAAUUAAUGUGGCCCUUGACCACUGCCUCCUGGCUUUUCCCCAGGCUGGUAUGGGGUCCAGGCCAUGUUCCAGAGUUUCCAGACACUUAGUCCCCACAGGGAGUUUAAGACCCCCAGGGAAGAUGGGCAGGUGGAAGCUGCUGAUGCAGGCUGGGCAGAGUCUGCACAGACCUCUGCCAGCAGAGGAGGCCCCGAGCUCUGCAGGUGUGAACAGCCUGAGUCCACCCGAAAAAGGUGUGUGCUCGGGUCCUUGGGUUCAGGAAGCAGACUGCAGGGACACAGGCACCACCUGAGCCCCCAGCUUUGCAGCAGGAGCUGAUCAUCUGUAUCCAGUAUUUUCCCCCAACACAGGGUUGUUCUUAUUUCUCCUGAAAGAUACAGCUCUGUGGCUAUUUGCUUUUUUUAAAUUUGAUAGCUUUAUUGAGACAAAACUUACAUUGCAUUACCAUAAAAUUUGCUUGUUUUAGGUUACAGUUCAAUGAUUUUUAGUAAACCUACAGAGUUGUGCAACCAUCACCGCAGUUCAACUUUAGAAUAUUUCCAUACCCCAGAAAGACCUCUCCUGCCCAUUUGCUGCCAAUCUGUGUACCCUCCCCCAGCUCCCGGCAACCACUAAUCUAUUUUCUCUUUAGUUUUUAUGGAUGGUUCUUAAAAUAACAAUCUCCAUGGAGUUUUCUGUGGCACAGCAGGUUAAGGAUGUGGCGUUGUCACUGCAGAAGCUCGGGUCACUGCUGUGGUGCGGGUUCAAUCCCUAGCCUGGGAAGUUACACAUGCUGCAGGUGCAGCCAAAAAAAAUUAAAAAAUAAAAAUCUCCAUGAUUUUACCUGGUUCACA